AUGCCAAAUAACGAAAUCACUGUGACGGCACCUUCAAAAUUGUCCUUGGACGCUAAUACGGUUUUCAAUGAAGGAGAGGGGCCCAAUAACCGAUUGACGGUAACUAGAGAGAGAUGCAUAAAUCCAUCCUUGAUAGAUUCAUUUCUAUCGUCAUUACGACAUGGGACCGAUGAUAUGAUUAAACAGAGAAUGAGUACUUAUGACAGAACCAAUGGAGCUCGCAGAUUUUCUGCUGGUAGAUGCGAUCAAUUUUUGGCUAAGGAAUUGUAUCCAAAUUGGUCGACAAGAGAUCAAGUACUAGGAUUCUGUGAGAAUGAAAUGAAUCAGAUGAAAUCAGAACUAUUACGAGAAUAUGGGGACGAAAGUUCAAUGACCAAGAAAUCACAGUUGGAUUCAAGAAUUGAUCCAUAUGCUUCAAAAGAUCAAUUACAAGAACGUGACACUCAUUUCGGUAAACUGACGAGGCUACAAACUUGGUUAGAUAACCAUAAGAAAGUGGAAUCCAUUGUGAGAUCCAAUAGUGACAGAGUUCUGAAGAAUAUUUGCGAUGAAAAUGCCAAUUACCUUGAACAGUUUUGGAAAUUUGGACAAGAGCAUUGA